AUGAUGCCGGAGAACGAAGUGGAGCGCUCGGACCGGGCGGCUGCGCUGGCGGGGACGGCUGCAGCCCCGGCGGUGGCCACGGCCGCCCCGGCAGGUGGCGGCCCGGACCCGGGAGCCGCCUCAGCUCCGCUCGGGCCGCACCUGAGCGGGCUGGGCUGGCCGCAGGUGAAGCGGCUGGACGCGCUGCUGAGCGAGCCCAUUCCCAUCCACGGGCGCGGCAACUUCCCCACGCUGAGCGUGCAGCCUCGGCAGAUCGUGCAGGUGGUCCGCAGCAGCCUAGAGGAGCAGGGGCUGCGCGUGCACGGCGUGCGGCUGCACGGCUCGGCUGCCAGCCACGUGCUGCACCCCGAGAACGGCCUGGGCUACAAGGACCUGGACUUGGUGUUCCGCGUGGACCUGCGCAGCGAGGCCUCCUUCCAGCUGACCAAGGAGGUGGUGCUGGCCUGCCUGCUGGACUUCCUGCCGGCGGGCGUGAGCCGGGCCAAGAUCACGCCCCUGACCCUGAAGGAGGCCUACGUGCAGAAGCUGGUGAAAGUGUGCACGGACACGGACCGCUGGAGCCUCAUCUCGCUGUCCAACAAGAGCGGCAAGAACGUGGAGCUCAAGUUCGUGGACUCGGUCCGGCGCCAGUUCGAGUUCAGCGUGGACUCCUUCCAGAUCACGCUGGACUCCCUGCUGCUCUUCAGCCAGUGCUCGUCCACGCCCAUGACCGAGGCCUUCCACCCCACCGUGACGGGCGAGAGCCUGUACGGGGACUUCCACGAGGCCCUGGAGCACCUGCGGCACCGGGUCAUCGCCACGCGCAACCCCGAGGAGAUCCGUGGCGGCGGCCUCCUCAAGUACUGCCACCUCCUGGUGCGCGGCUUCCGGCCGCAGCCCAGCACCGACGUGCGCGCCCUGCAGCGCUACAUGUGCUCCCGCUUCUUCAUCGACUUCCCCGACGUGCUGGAGCAGCAGCGCACGCUGGAGCGCUACCUGGAGGCCCACUUCAGCGGGGCCGACUCUGCCGGCCGCUACAACUGCCUGGCCACGCUGCACCGGGUGGUCAACGAGAGCACCGUGUGCCUCAUGAGCCACGAGCGCCGCCAGACGCUGGACCUCAUCGCCUCCAUGGCCCUCCAGGCACUGGCCGAGCAGGGCCCGGCUGCUGCCGCUGCCAUGGCCUGGUGCUCUCCACGCCCUGAUGGGCCUGUGCCCGCCACUUUCAAUUACUACGUGACCCCUGUGCAGCCCCUGCUGGCCUGGGCCCACUCCUGCUAUCCCACCUGGCUGCCUUGUAACUGA